AUGGAUAAAAUGUUAUUUUGUAUGCUUAUAAUUCAUUUCAUAAUAAUUUAUAUUGUUCAAAUUUGUCAAGGACUUACACGUCCAUUGGUAAUUGGUCAUCGUGGUUCAGCCUAUUUACCUGAACUUACAUUAGAAUCUCAAUCAAUGGCACAUGCUCUAAGAGCUGAUAUAAUUGAAAUUGAUGUUUGUCUUAGUCGAGAUAAUCAAUUAAUUGUCGUUCAUGAUCUUUAUUUAAAUGCGAUAAGUAAUGUCGAAAAUAUAUUUCCAAAUCGAAAUCGUUCUGAUGGUUAUCAUUAUGUGAUUGAUUUUAAUCUUGAGGAAUUACGUCGUCUAAAUAUUCAUGAACGUACGUCACCGUUUACUAAUAUACAAGUUUAUCCAUCUCGUUUUCCUUCAUCAUCGACAGUACAAUUUCAUCUUUCAACACUUAAUGAAACUAUUGAAUUAUUACUUGGUCUUAGUCAUUCUACAAAUCGACAAUAUCAAUUACUUAUUGAAAUAAAAAAUCCUGAAUAUCAUACACAAUACAAUAGAUCUAUUUCAUCAAUACUACUUUCAACAUUAAAUGCUUAUAAUUUAACUGAACUUAAUGAUCCAAUUAUAAUUCAAACAUUUCAUAUAGAAGAAUUAAUACAUAUUCGUAAGAAUCUAUUGAGUAAAUUACGUUUGGUUGCUUUAUUAACAUGGAAUUGGUUAAAUGAAUCUUCAAGUGAUUAUGAUUUCUAUCGAAGUGAACAAGGUUUACAAAAUUUAUCAACGAUUGUUCAAGCUAUUGCACCAAAUAUGGAAUUAUUGGUUAAUUUUGCUCUAGAUGGAUCAUUUAUUAAUGUUACAAAUUUAACUUUAUUGGCUCAUAAAUAUAAUCUUUCAGUUUAUCCAUGGACAUUUCGACGUGAUACCUUCAAAGGAAAUUUUGAACAAUUAAUCAACAUUUUUUAUAAAACAGUUAAAGUAGAUGGUUUCAUUACGAGUCAACCAGAUGUAGUAAUUGAAUUAUUAGAAAAACAAACACCAAUUCCCAAUACUUUAUCUAAUCAAUUACCUAGUCUCUCAUGUGCAAAUAGAACCGAAAUAAGUUUAUCACUAUUCACAUGUAAAUCAAAUGAAAGUUAUCUUGAAGUUACUGAUAUAUCUUGUGUACAAGAGAACAUAUUCACUUUUGAUCAAACAGCAUGUUCGCCAACUACAUUUCAAUCAUUAGUAUUGACUACUGAAAAAAUACAAACAACAAAAUCAACAACUAGACCUACAUUAGGACUAUAUGAAUGUCCAGAAAAAAAUAAGAUUGGUCAAUAUUGUAAUAUCUCAAAUGAUAUAUGUAAAAUGUUAGGACCAUGUAAAAAUCAAGGACAUUGUUAUUUCAAUGAAACUCUUCCAUUACAAUAUAUGUGUCAAUGUCCAGUGGGAUUUUCAGGUUAUGAUUGUGAAUAUGAUAACAGAAUAUGUAAAAAUAAUACAUGUUGGCAUGAUGGAGAUUGUGUUGAAAUGAAUGGAACUGUGUCUAUUAAUAAUCAAACAACAUUUAAAUGUAUAUGUGAAUAUGGUUAUGAUGGAGCACGAUGUGAAUUAAUACGUGAUAUGUGUGUUAAUAUAACCUGUAAAAAUAAUGGUAUUUGUUUUUCAUCCUAUCUAUCAUGGACAUGUCAUUGUCUUGAUUCUUCACUUUAUUCUGGAAAAUAUUGUGAACAUAAAAGUACAUUAUUAGUAGCUAAACAAGCAUUAAGUAAAUCAUUUGCAUCAAUAGCUAUUGCAGCUAUUAUUGCUGUUUUUUUAUUUGUUAUUAUCAUGGAUAUAUUGAAAUAUGUAUUUAAAAUUGAUCCAGUUGAUCGUGAACGACGAUUAAUGAAAUUGGAACAAAAGAAAAAACAUUUAAAUAAAAAUAGAAAAAAACGAUUUAGAAAAGUUCCUUUAAAGGUUUUUUAUAUAUCUUAA